AUGCAGGAAGAGCUCUACAGAACGGUGUACAACGUGUGUUGCCAGCGGCAUCAGCCAAGGCUGUACGAAGACACGCUGAAGCUUGUGCGAGGCCACUUGGCACAGAUGCGAGUCGACCUGCUCGCCGCCAACGAGCAAACCUUCUUCAGCCUCUUCUCCCGUUCCUUCGUGCGCUUCCAUCGGGCCGUCGAUAUCCUCUGCGUCGGCUUUCGCUACCUGGAGCGCUCCUACGUCUUGGAGAAGGCCACCACGCUCAUGAAGGUGUUCAACGAUGCCUACACAGCGGGUGUGCUGCAACCGCCCGACGAGCCACCAGAGGUCAAGCGGCGACUGCAGAUCACCCUUCAGCACUUCACGCCGCCCAUUCCCGACCCCACCACCACCAUGCACCUCAUCAAGGGGCUCUACGCGCUCAACAAAGAAUAUGCAUCGUUCAAUCCGUUUCUGUUCGCCAUGUACAUUCCGUGCCUGCAGCCGCCACGAGGGCUCGAGGACGAUCGGCAGGAGACGUUGGCGCACCUACGCAUCCUCACCCAUCAGGCCAUCCCGCGCGGUGAGGGCCGCCGCAAACGAACGUACGACGACUUCCUCUCCCUGUAG